GUACGAAUACAGGUAGAUAACAUAUGCGGGAGCGCCGCUUUUCAGAUAACUCCGAUUAUAUUGGUCAGUGUCUGCCGUUUUCCAUAAACUUGGACUUUGGAAUUAUUUUUCUUCGAGAAGAGAUUCAGCACGGAGUUUACAGGGAUGGCAGGCAAUGCAGUGGUGGUAAUGCGGCUGCUGGCUUCAGCUUACUCAGUGGCUGAAAAAGCUGGAGCCAUUGUAAGGAAAGUGCUGCACAGUGGGGAAUUGGGAAUUGUAGAGAAGACGGGGGUUAAUGACCUGCAGACACUAGCGGAUCGACUCGCUCAGAAAAGUAUAUGUGCCUCUCUUUUGAAGAGCUUCCCAAAAAUCACCAUCAUUGGUGAGGAGGAUCUGCCAGCUGAGUCAGCGGAAGAGGACCUGAUUGAGACCAGCCUGUAUGAUGGAAUAUUGCAAAAGCAAUGUCCUGAUGAGUACAGCAAGUUAAAGGAGGAGGAGCUGGUUGUGUGGGUUGAUCCUCUAGAUGGCACCAAAGAAUACACGGAAGCUGCAUACAUAUUGAACAGCCCUGUUGUCUCUGUGAAUUGGCUCGAGGCCCACAGAUCUCCAACAAGGCUCCUGGAUCACGUGACCGUGCUGAUAGGCAUCGCUCAUAAAGGAAAAGCAAUCGCUGGAGUGAUUAAUCAGCCCUUCUACAACUACCAGGCAGGUGCAGGUGCCACUUUGGGCCGAACUCUCUGGGGAAUGUUGGGUUUGGGGGCCUUCGGUUUCCAGCUGCAGGAAGUCCCAGAAGGCAAACGCAUCAUUACCACCACUCGCUCUCAUAGCAAUAAACUCGUUACGGACACUGUGCAGGCCAUGGAGCCUCAUGAAGUCAUCAGAGUGGGAGGAGCUGGAAAUAAGAUUAUUCAGCUGGUGGAGGGAACAGCAUCUGCGUAUGUGUUUGCUAGUCCGGGCUGUAAGAAGUGGGACACCUGUGCAACUGAAGCCAUUCUGCAUGCAGUCGGAGGAAAGCUGACUGACAUGCAUGGGAAUGCUUACCGGUACGAUGCCAACGUGAAGCACAUGAACUCUGCUGGUGUGUUAGCCACACUAAAGAAUCAUCAGUUUUACGCCAGCAGAGUUCCGCAGUCCGUCCUCAUGGCCCUGCAGUCUGACUGAGGUGGUGUGAACAGCUUUAUGGACAUCCUCCUGCCUCUUAGUUUGAUCACCUUCACCUGAAAUCAUUAGAGAAGGGGUUAAUGAGUCCAUAGAGUUUUAGUCAUCAGUGACAGAAAAUAGAUCCGGGAUUGUUACUGACACAAGUUCUAAAUGUUUUUAAUCUCAACGUUCACAUUUUUUCUAAUCUGUCAAUAUUUCCAAUCUACAAGUUCCCAGUUAAUUGCACCAACCAGUCAUGUACAUUACCUUGUCUGUGUAUAUGCUGACUGUAACAUAUGUGUCUUAGAAAUUGUAGAAAAAAUAGCUGACAUUUGAAUCCCAA